GGAUACCUAUUAGACUCUUUGAAGAUGCUACCUACAGUGUCCGCACACGCAACAGCCCUGCAAUGAAACUGAUUGCGAGUAAACGCGUAACGACCUUCGGAUUCAGAUAUGCGUUUAUCCCUUUGAGCAUGGGAGCAAUUGGAUUGAGCGCGGGAACACUCAUCAUAGGACCAACGAUGUUCGCCCGGUGCCAUCCUUUCUCGUCCUUCGAGCCACCAUUAGAAACGCUCCUCCACUCACUAUAUAAUCGGUAUCCCCUCAUAUUAUUAAAAGAAUAUGCCUAGUACCGAGAGCUCUAGAACUACGGCUGCUCCAGAAGCGCUUCACAAAGCUAGAUGAUAUCUGCGAUAUGAGGGUACACGCGGCCUUCGGCUUCAUGAACAAAGUCCAUUGCCGAUGUGUAUCCGAGGUAGACUGGUCGUUUAAUGCCUUCAUUCCAUUAC